UCGCCCAGCAUACUUGCCGGCAAUUUUGGCCCUCCGUUUCCAGUCCCUCGCCUGCGCACGUUCUAACAUCAGCUUACGUUGACUUUAGAUUGCAUUUUUCAGCCAUGCCGCUCACCCCGUCGGCGUUGUGGGUUCAUGUGAACCAAACCUGAGAUGACCAAGGCAAGGUCAUCCGGUCGGAGUGCAACUACUGCAACAUGAAUAUUUCUGGAAGCACCACUCGCAUCCAGGAGCACCUUUAUGGCACCCCGGCGUGCAAGUUCAAGUACAUUGCUGAGUGCAAGAGCGAGUAUGCUAUGAAUCUCCGUGCUAAGGGUCUCACCCCGAAUACCACUACCGUCAUGAUCCGCGGUACGACGUCCACGGAUCCUGCUCCGACCGCUAAGCGCAGCCGAAAUCGCGACAUCCAAGGGAUGGUCGACAAGGCCGGCCGCGACGCGUUGGAUCUCCUUUGGGCCAUGGCCGUCGUCGAAAACGAUUGGGCCUUCAGAGUUUCUCAGUCACCCGCCUUGCAAUCCUUUGUCGAGGGGGUUGUCGCUUACGGGAAGCCCUACACGCUGCCAAGUGUGUACAAAGUCUCCCACCCUCUCCUUGCCAAGCUGAAAACCGACACGGAGGCCCUCAUGCAACGAUCAAGGACUCUUGGGCCUCGAGCGGAUGCUCGAUCUCCGUGGACAGGUGGUCGGACAUGAAGAAUCGUGGGCUCGUUUGCAUCAUCGU